CUCAACCGGGACUUUAGCGACGACAGUCGCUCAAAGGCUAGCAGCAGUGGCGGCAGCGAUUCCGAGAGCAGAUCUGGCGCCGCCAGAAGUGACUCUGGAACGGAGAAUCAUGACCACAAAAAGAGUCGCAAGACUAAGAAGAGUUCUGAAGAUAAACCGCAACGGGUAUGAAUCUAAUUUUCUUGAUGUCUAGAGUAGAUUCUAAUAGCACCCGUCUCUUCCAGAUGUUCGCCAAGACCGCCGAGCAGAUGAAGCUGAUCCAGAGGGAGUCGCAGCGGAUGGCGCGCGAAGCUUCGGUUUCUACGCCCUAUCACAACCCCAAGCAGCGCACGCUGGAGGAGUUUCUGAACCGGCGUACGGUUCAAAAUCCGCUCGAGUUCCCCGUGGACGGCCACCAAAGCCAAGCCGCUGCCAUUCGAAUGCCUCCGGAACAGCUGGAAGCGUUCGCCAAGUAUCUGGAGGAGCGCGAGAAGGAAACGAUCGAGUUCUUCAAGAGCGAUAACGUCCCAAACGGAGCCUGCAGAGGAACCCGUUGAAACGACAAGAAGUGCCAGUCUCGGAACCUAAAGCGACGACAACCCUCCCCGCCAUAGACACGGAAUCGAUCGAGUCGCUGGGCGUCACCGACACCGAACCGGACGAGCUGGACGGGCUGGUCAAUGACGCUGCGGCAACAUCUACACUCGAAUCGUGCCAGAUUUGAUCCGUGAAAUUAUUUCGCAGCGGUGGUGAUUUGAGGAAUUGGAACUGGAACGGAGCUCGUGGAAACCGUCAUGCCGAGCCUGUACGUCGUUUCGUUAAUCCGAAUAGCUGUCCGUGGCGACACUUCCGCACACCUUCGUGCCAAUUCGCCUUGAUUGCUGCAGGUCGGUUCUUCCGACCGAUGGAGGUCGAUCUGGUGCUGGUUGACCAAGCGAAAACUCGGAUGGAAACCGCCGGUCGACUGUUCCGUCAGAGAAAUUUUGAUGCACUGGAAUCGAACGGUCGAAGGUCACAUAGCGGCAGCAUUUUUUCCUGACUCUGCUACUAGGAUGUGGUUUUCCGAUGACUGGAGUAACGAAGAUUUAUUGUAAAACGUUUGUUGUUAAACUGAAUUAAACAUAUUUUAACUUGUUAUUGAAUAUUUCCUUUUGUAGGGAAUAUUAAUUAAAACAGAUGUUUUUAUUGCUUGAACAUGAAAAUUAAACUAAAUAAAUGUAAUGUUUUCAAUAUAAACAGUUUGAUUUAGUUUAAUUUUCAUGUUAAAGCAAUAAAAACAUCUGUUUUGAUUAAUAUUCUCACAAAAAAAUAUGUUUACGUAAAAUACUCACAGCCAACAACAGAGCCAUCUAGCGACAAAAUAUUAAACAGAGCCAUCUAGUGGCGAAAAGCGGCACUGCCCAGCAGCGGCCAUGUACGGUGGCGCCGCCAGCGUUGAAUAGCGAAAACGCCAAAAAGCUGCGCGUGACGACACGCACACAAUCAAACGAACUGUCAAAUCCCAUUCAAAGCAAGAUGAACAUCGGAUGGUCAAAGCGCUUUGAGCAUCGAAUGUGCAUGAUCGUUUAUGACCAUUCGAUGUUCAAAAUUUCGAUACCAAUGGUCAAAGAAUUCGCAUUGGUUGUUU